UGGUGAAUUUGUAGAAAGGAUCCCUUUCCCUGAACAGCCGAACCAAACAACACCAUCUGAAGGGCUGACCGCCGCUGCAAAACCACAACCAUGAACGGAACAGAGGGGCCAUUUUUCUAUGUCCCUAUGUCCAAUGCCACCGGCAUUGUGAGGAGCCCUUAUGAAUACCCGCAGUACUACCUUGUCAACCCGGCGGCGUACGCGGUCAUGGGCUCCUACAUGUUCUUUCUCAUCAUCACCUGCUUCCCCAUCAAUUUCCUCACACUCUACGUCACCAUCGAGCACAAAAAGCUGAGAACCGCCCUGAACUACAUCCUGCUCAACCUGGCUGUGGCCGAUCUCUUCAUGGUAAUCGGUGGCUUCACCACAACUGUUUACACUUCAAUGAAUGGAUAUUUCGUCUUCGGAAGAGUGGGCUGCAACCUCGAGGGCUACUUUGCGACUCUCGGGGGUGAGUUGGGCCUUUGGUCCCUGGUUGUCCUGGCUAUUGAGAGGUGGUUGGUCGUCUGCAAGCCUAUCAGCAACUUCCGCUUCACCGAGACACAUGCCAUCAUGGGUGUGGCCUUCACCUGGGUCAUGGCAAAUUCUUGUGCCGCGCCCCCUCUGCUCGGCUGGUCCCGCUACAUCCCUGAGGGCAUGCAGUGCUCAUGCGGAAUCGACUACUACACCCGCGCAGAAGGGUUCAACAAUGAGUCCUUUGUCAUCUACAUGUUUAUCGUCCACUUCAGCAUUCCCUUCAUUGUCAUCUUCUUCUGCUACGGCAACCUGCUCUGCGCGGUCAAAGCUGCCGCCGCCGCCCAACAGGAGUCCGAGACCACCCAGAGGGCUGAGAGGGAAGUGACCCGCAUGGUUGUCGCUAUGGUUGUGUCUUACCUAGUUUGUUGGCUGCCCUACGCUGGCACUGCCUGGUUUAUAUUCUGCAACCAGGGGUCAGAGUUUGGCCCCGUCUUCAUGACCAUCCCGGCAUUCUUUGCCAAGAGCUCUGCCCUGUACAACCCUCUGAUCUACAUUCUGAUGAACAAGCAGUUCCGCCACUGCAUGAUCACCACUCUGUGCUGCGGGAAGAAUCCCUUCGAGGAGGAGGAAGGAGCCUCCACCACCGCCUCAAAGACCGAGGCGUCCUCUGUGUCCUCCAGCUCCGUGGCCCCCGCAUAAACAGGAUGCCACCGAAGGCCCUGCGUUCCAGCGUCCACGAAGAAGACUUCUGCUCCCGGAAAUGACAAAGGCUCACGUCUACAGAAAUAACUUUUUGAAAAUAAUUUUUACAAACCAGUUGUUUCAACCUAAAGACAGUUGUAGAUGGGCAGCCCACUACAAAGUUGUUUCUGUAUAUGUACAGAGAGUCUAACGUAACGAUUUGCAAUUGAGGGAAGAAUCACUCUGGGAACUAACCGAUUUUAAUCUAUUCUGAUUCAGUUUUGUCAAUGUUCCCUCCCAGUUCCACCCCUGUUGAUGUGCAAGAUGUUUUGUCUUUCUUAAGACUGGAAAGAAAAAUAUCUUAAAUCUUUUACGGUUGGAUUCUAUAUGUUACUGGCUUAUUUGUGAAUGUAGAGGCAUGUAAUCAAAGCAAUGUAAUAAAUCGCACUUUGCAAAGACAA